AACCAAGGGAUACAAGAAAGGGACUGGGGAAGGCCAACGGCCACCAGCAUGUCAAAUAUGUGAACAUGGGAAGGCAGGAGGUGGUCGCGUUGCAACAAAGGACAACCCUAACAAACUGUCAGUUGGUGGUGUGAGCUCCUACGUGUACAAGAACCCCCCAUCCAUUGCCAUCCUUCCAUGUGUAGCCAUUCUCCCAAGAGUUCAGCCUCACACUCGGGAAUUCUCAGUAGAUAGACAGACAAACAAGAGCAGUGAUGAAGCAGUUGUCGUCUUAUCCACUCCAAAGGGGCACAAGGAGAAAGGGGAAUUACCUAUAACAUCUGAAGUAACCCCUUGA